UGUCAUUACCAACAGCUGACACUCGGGACCCGCCUGCAGCCAAUCACUGCUCUGCUUGAAGCUGUUUAAUAAAGUUCGCUUUCAUGUUCUUCCUGGUGCUGAAGAUGUGGCUGGACAAACCAGCUUAGACUAUGUGCAGAACAAACCGUGUCGAAGUCAGAGAUCCGAGCGAAGAGAGGCUGAUCUAAAACCAAAGACUAUGCAUCUAUGGCGCUUCUCCAUCGCCAUAACCUUCGGCUUGCUGUGGUGGUUUUCAGACUUCGGCCGCGCAGCGACCCAGUACUUUUUAUUCUUCCUCUUUUGUUUUACAACUCCGCUGUUAUUUGGAAACAGUUCAGGCCAACAAGAGAGCAGCACUCAAACCGAUGAAGAAACGAAGGAAACCCCAGUCCAGAGAACUUCCGAAGAUUUAUUUAGUGACUUGACUGAUGGAGAACGCAUCGAGCAGCCUCAGUCUCGGUGUCCACUUGUAAAAAGGUCUUUACAGCAAGUGUUUGAGUCUGCCUACGCUCAGCUGGUCCUGCCUUGGUACGGCGUUCCUGAGCCAUGUCAGUGCCAGCCUCUGUACCAGGUGCUCAGCAGGGAAUUUGACUUCAUAAUCGACCGUAUCAUUGAGAGAGCCAAAGACUUCGAUGUCUGCCAGGUGGUUGUAGGCUCCAUUCGGAUUUUGACCCAGCAUUUGCAUAAUGUGAAGCAACCUGACAGGCAGCUCUUGUUCAGCUCCAGAGCAGAUGAAGUUGCACUUCUCCGAGAGUUUUCAGACGCUCUAGUACGCAACCUUUUCCCUAAAUCUCUCGGGGGCCAAGAAGUCACCCGCUGUGCCUUAAAUGAGAUUGUUGCUUUAAAGGGGCUGGACCUGUUGGUGACAUGGCUGUCUGACCCCGACAACCUGAACCAGUUGGUGGUGAGCCAGCUCGACUGCGUGACUCCCAAAGGCUCUGUGGAGGAGCUGUGUGGGUCAGACCUGGAACAAGCCUCUCUGGCUUCACAGGAGGGAAAAGGCGAUGGCAGUGAAGUGAGCUUGGAGACAGUGGAUGCUUCAGCCGGCACCAGGAUCAAGGAGAAAGGGAAAGGUCACAAGUUUAAGGAAGGAUGGUCAAGGUUUGUGGAUAGGAUGAAGGUAAAGAGGGUCAAGAAGAAGAAGAUGAAAAUGAUGGCGCAGGGUCAGAUGAUGAGGAUCGCAGCAAUCCAGGGUGACAUGUCCAACGAGGACGACGUCAGCAGCAGAGAGGGCUCCAUUCACAGUCAGCAGGACUCUGACAGAGAAGACAGUGAUCUGGAGAACUACCUGACAGAUGUUCAGGAGGACAUGAUAGAAUUCAAGCUGUCAUAUGAGAUGUGGUGUGUGGGCCGCUGGGCUGUCAGCAUCCCUCAUGUUGACUGGGAGGAUCAGGACUUAAUCUUCACCGUUCACCUGGAGGAGAAUAACAGCCCUGAGAACCUACAGUGGGACAUCAGGAAGACCUACAUGGAUGUGGUACAUUUUCGCAAUCGAUGGCAGGACUCGACCAGCUUGCCCAUGAUCCUGGUGCUGGAGGAUACAGAAGUCAACAGUGAGGUUAAAGAAAAAGCUAGAGCGUCAGUGGAGCACUUCCUGCAGGAACUAAUUUCUGAUAAUGCGAUCGGCCACACUCAACCAGUUUUUCAGUUCCUCUGCCCGUUUGACAAACUGCUGAACGACGAGGAAGAUUAUGGGGGCGUGUGGGGCCUUCUCAGUGGCUUGGCCUACUUUCUGACUCCAGGUCAAGAGGAGGAAGAGAGCUCUAGCCCUCAGACAGAGUCCCCAAAAGAAAUCAUAAUGCCAUUGUCGCAGCCAGAGUCCACAGCUCAGUCUUCAGAUAUCUCUGGAGCUUCGACUGAGAAGAGCAGUGAUGUUCCCGGUGCUGUGCUCCCAACUAUUGUUAUCUCCCAAUGUGAUCUUCCCUCAGAACCGCCUGAGGAUGUAGAAGCAGAAGAGGAGCCACAGUCUGCUGUUAACUCAGACUCUUCAAGUAAUGAAAUCUGUUCCCAAGACAAAAUGGAGGAGUCUGAUAAUCCCUUAAUCUCUCACUCCAAAAUGAGCAGAGGGCUGACUGGACACAAGCCGCAAGAGUCUCUGGCCUCAACAAAAAACAACAGUGAUGAAGACCCGCCUGAUUCAGACUCCACGCCUCACUGCAGCCAAAAUGGAUGCUCACAGGUGGAGAGCUCAGAAGGCCUGUCGAGGCUUAAUUUCAGUGCAAAGCCAAAUAAAAAGGAGAAAAUAUGUUUCAAGAUGCCAGGCAGCGCAAACAAGGCUAAAGGGAAGGAGCAGGGCUGUUUGCCAAAAGAGGAGGACUCUCGGUGUCAGAAGAGCCAAGGCACCUGGGAGCAGCUGGAGGCAACCAAAGCCAUACUUGACCUGCUGAAAGAAAUAUCUGGAAACUCCAUCCUCUUAAACAUAUUUGAUGCCAUUUUGAAACCUGUUAUGCCCAUCUUGAAAAAAAAAGUGAACUCGUUCCUAAACAAGAUGAACCCUACAGUAGUGCAGAUGGCUGGGUACAUUGACACUUUGCGAGACAAAGUGUGGCCAGAGUUCGAACCACCAGCAGCAGCAGCACCUCCUCCUCCUCCUCCUCGCACCAAAGAGGAGAAGAAUGAGACCAGAGAGCGAGCACAUCAUCUUAUCAAUGCCAGAUGUUCAAGCUAUCUGAUCCUGAAGAAGUCAGACCUGGAGUUUGUUUUUAAUCUGUUCCAGAACAGUGAAGAAAACAAAAUGCUGGUUUAUAUGUUCCUGUCAUUCCUAUUGAGGGAGUUUUUUCCCAAUGAGCAUUCCCUAAAUGUGAGCGCUGCUGCCCUCCAGAGAGCGGCCAAGUCCGUCCACUGAACUAUGAAACCUUAACUGUGUUUUUAGUGGCACUUUUUUGACAUCUUAGAAUAUCAAAUUAUUUAUUAAACAUCUUGAUGUACAAGACAAUUUCUGUAUCGGUUUCAAACAUCUCAAGUAAACUGUGAAUUUUUCAAUUGGGUUUAAUUUUUAAUCUCUUUAUUCUGUUUUUGAUAAAAUGAGAAACGUUUGGGAGCCAGCUUUGCAUAAUGUACCUAUAUUGUUAUACUGAGGAGAAAUUAAACUAUUUUUCACAUUUACAGUUUAAAUUUCGCCCCUCACAUUUUAAUGUAAAUCUUUUUUCUUUUUUUUUUUGUCACUUGGAGCACUUUUGUUUGGUGAGACUGUUGGAAUACUACUGAUUAGAGUUUUAUUACAUAUCGCAUACAUCUGUCAAAACAUUGACAGUACCA